UUUAGCAUCAAUUGAAGAAUACAUUUUGAAAAAAAAAAAUGCCAUUUAAACCGGUGGAGCAUCCAAAAUGUCCGAAAUGCGGUAAAUCAGUAUAUGCUGCAGAGGAAAUGAAUGCUGGUGGUUACAAAUGGCAUAAAUUUUGCUUCAAAUGUGCUAUGUGUAACAAAUUACUUGACUCAACCAAUUGCUGUGAACAUCAAGCUGAAUUAUACUGUAAACAGUGUCAUGGUCGAAAAUAUGGUCCUAAAGGGAUCGGUUUUGGAAUAGGUGCCGGUGCAUUAACUAUGGAUACCGGAGAGCAUUUCGGAAAUACCGAAGUGGAAAUGACGUUAGUCAUUCAAUUGUGUAACAAAUUGUUGGAUUCAACAAAUGUAGCACCACAUGAAGCUGAAUUAUACUGCAAGCAAUGUCAUGGUCGAAAGUUUGGCCCAAAAGAAUUGUGUAACAAAUUGUUGGAUUCAACAAAUGUAGCACCACAUGAAGCUGAAUUAUACUGCAAGCAAUGUCAUGGUCGAAAGUUUGGCCCAAAAGGUGUUGGCUUUGGUUUGGGUGCUGGUGCUUUGACAAUGGAUGAUGGGUCAAGAUUUGCAAACAAAUGA